UCAUUGUACUAGCUACCCUUCAACCAAUAGCAGCUGAGACCCUCUCAUAGUUCCAGCCCCGCUCACACAUCCCGUUCACCCUCACAUUCUCGCCGAUAAUGCGACCUUUCGCGCCGCUCCUAUACUGUCUCUUGGCCUUUCCUUUCCUUACAUACGCAGCUUCUCCACCGGACAAGCUCACACUCCUGGUGCCACCUAGCCAAGUGCAAGUGAACUCAACCGUGUGCUUCGGGUGGGCAGAGCCUGUAGACGAGACGCGAUACUAUGGGUUCAUCGAGGCCGUGAACAUCAGUAUGCUCGCACCGAAUGGGACGAACGUCGGGAGGGUCGGGGUGAACACCGACAACAACACUGGGCUCGGGUCGUGUGGUUCCUACCCUGGCACAGGCUACUCUGGCUGUGCCGUCGCUCCCGACACUGGCACGUACACCGUCGUGUGGAACUUCACGUACACGAUGUCGUCCGACCCGGCGAAGGCAAACAAGUCGUACUGCGGUCCCGCACCGUUCUCGACGCAGACCUUUUUGCUGAACCGGACAUUUGAGGCGAGGGUGAUCCAAGGUGAGGCUACUUCGUUCACGAAUCUGGAAUACAUGACGACUACGACAUUGCCGACGAAGCCUACGGGGGAUUUGAAGGUGGCUGGAGCGUCUGCCGUGCACCUACCGUUGGAUGGGCGCGACAGCUGUCGGGGUUGGGAUGAUGUUGACGAUAUGAACAUUCAAAUGGCUCGGGUCAUGGAUUACAGACUACGAACGAGUAUGCGCUCACGAAAUGCUAUAUGAUAUCCGAGGA